AUGGAAUCACAGUCCCAAAAACUCAAUGUUAUUUUUUUACCAUAUCUAACUCCUGGCCAUAUGAACCCUAUGAUUGACACAGCUAGAUUAUUUGCAAAACAUGGUGUGAAUGUCACCAUCAUCACUACACAAGCCAAUGCCUUGUUGUUCAAGAAAGCCAUAGACAGUGACUUGUUUUCUGGUUAUUCAAUCAAAACUUGUGUGAUUCAGUUUCCUUCAGCUCAAGUUGGUCUCCCGGAUGGCGUUGAAAACAUCAAAGACGGAACUUCCUUAGAAAUGCUUGGUAAAAUCAGUCAUGGAAUUUCAAUGCUUCAAGAUCAAAUUGAACCUUUGUUUCAAGAUCUUCAACCAGACUGUAUAGUAUCAGAUAUGUUUUAUCCUUGGACAGUCGAAUCCGCUGCCAAACUCGGCGUUCCAAGGAUUUACUAUUACAGCUCAAGCUACUUCUCUAGUUGUUGUGCUCAUUUUAUUACAAAGUAUAAGCCUCAUGAGAAUUUAAUUUCUGAUUCUCAAUUUUUUUCAAUUCCUGGAAUUCCACAUAAUGUUAAAAUUACCUCUCUGCAGCUAGAAGAGUGGUUUAAAACUAGAAAUGACUUCUCAAAAAUUUUAAAUGUAAUAUAUGAAUCAGAAAGCAAAAGCUAUGGAACACUAUAUAAUAGCUUUCAUGAACUUGAAAGUGAUUAUGAGAAACUUUACAAGAGAACAUUGGGAAUCAAGGCAUGGAGUGCAGGACCAGUUUCAACAUGGAUUAACAAGGAUGAAGGAAACAUUCCGGUAGAGUCAGAAUUGUUGAAUUGGCUUAUCUCUAAGCCAAAUGAUUCUGUGUUGUAUGUAAGUUUUGGAAGCUUGACAAGGCUUUGUUAUGCUCAGAUUGUUGAAAUAGCUCAUGGACUUGAAAAUUCAGGUCAUAAUUUCAUCUGGGUCGUGAGGAAAAAACACGGAGAUGAAGACAAAGACGGGUUUCUUCAAGAUUUCGAGCAAAGGAUGAAGGAAAACCAAAAGGGCUAUUUGAUUUGGAAUUGGGCACCACAACUUGCUAUAUUAGGCCACCCUGCAACAGGAGGGAUAGUGACUCAUUGUGGUUGGAACUCAAUACUUGAAAGCUUGAGUGCUGGUUUGCCAAUGAUAGCAUGGCCAAUGUUUGCCGAGCAAUUUUAUAAUGAGAAGUUGCUUGUUGAUGUUUUGAAGAUAGGAGUUUCAGUAGGAUCUAAAGUGAACAAGUUUUGGUCUACAGGUGAGAAUGAAAUGGUGAGAAGGGAAGAUAUUGCAAAGGCUGUGGCAGUGUUGAUGGGAAGUGAAGAAGAGAGUGUAGAAACAAGGAAGAGAGCAAGAAAACUUGGUGAUGCUGCAAAUAGGAGUAUAGAGGAGGGUGGAUCCUCUUACAACAACUUGAUGCAGUUAAUAGAUGAGUUAAAAUCAUUGAAGAUAUCAAGAGGGAUUGAGAAAACAAAGUGA